AUGGCAUUGUUCCCUCUGGGACUGUGGCCCCUGCUCCUGGCCUGCGGGACCCGCCCUCCCGCUCCCGCUGCAGAGUCCCUGGCCCUGGUGAGGGGUGGAAACCGCUGCGAGGGCCUCCUGCAGGUGCAGUCCCUGGGGCAGCAGGGCCUGGUGUGUGGGGACCACUGGGGCCUGCGGGAGGCGUCUGUGAUUUGCAGGCAGCUGGGCUGCGGUCGCGCCCUCUAUGUCCCCACGUAUGUGGUGUGGCCGCAGGAGGCUCAGCAGUCCUUGCUGCAGGGCGUGCAGUGCCAGGGUGUGGAGGCCUCGCUCUGGGACUGCUCCCUGGGGAAGUGGGGGUCACUGAACAGCUGUGAGUGUGAGUGCAUCGGUGCAGUCCACUGCUCAGGAGGAAAGCUGGCCUCCCUGGGGCUGCGUGGUGGAGGCAGCCCCUGUGCGGGGACCCCUGUGAUCCGGAUAACGGAAGGCCCUGUGAUAAGCUGUGGCUUGCACCAGAAGGAGGCCAGCGUCUUCUGCGGAAGGCUGGGGUGCGGCCCAGCGCUCCAGGCAUCCAGGCCCCACCUCACAGGGCACCCAGGCUGGCUGGGCUCGAAAGUCAUUUCCUGCCAGGGAACAGAGUCCAGCAUCUUCAACUGCAGGUUCAACCUGAACUUCCUAGACCACUGUGACCUCCCAACAGACUCUGAGGUGGUGUGUGCAGGACACACCGAGGCCCGGCUGGUGGGCGGCGAGCACCCCUGCGCCGGGCGCCUGGAGGUGAGGCGGGGCCUGACCUGGGGCACCGUCUGCCACGCGGACCUGGACCUGGCCACGGCCCACGUAGUGUGCCGGGAGCUGCAGUGCGGGGCGGCGGCGUCCACGCCCGAGGGCGCCCGCUUCGGCCGGGGCUCGGGGCCGGUGUGGACGGAGGCCUUCCGCUGUGCGGGCAACGAGUCGCUGCUGUUCCACUGCCCGCGGGCGCGCGGGAGCCAGUGUGGGCCCGGCCGUGACGCGGGGCUCAGGUGCACGGGAGAAAAGUUCAGGCUGGUCAAUGGCAGCAGCAGCUGUGAGGGCCGCGUGGAGCUCCAGGUGCAGGGGUCCUGGGCGCCCCUCUGUGCCACCCACUGGGACAUAGCAGAUGCCACCGUCCUCUGCCAUCAGCUCAAUUGUGGCAGUGCGGUGGCCACACCUCGAGGAGGCCAUUUUGGGGACGGGGACGCUGCCAUCUGGCCUGACGCGUUUCACUGUGGGGGGACAGAACCCUACUUGUGGAAUUGCCCAGUAAGCACCCUGGGCGUCCCGGCCUGUGCCCCGGGAAACUCAGCCUCCGCGGUCUGCUCAGGUCUGCCCCACGCCGUGCGGCUGAGGGAAGGACAGAGCCGCUGUGAUGGCCGCGUGGAGGUCUCCCUGGAGGGCGUGUGGGGCCGCGUCCUGGACGAUGCCUGGGACCUGCGCGGCGCGGACGUGGUGUGCCGGCAGCUCGGGUGCGGAGCGGCCGAACAAGCCUAUGACGCACCUGCCCCCAGCCGCGGGUCCGUCCAGGUGUCGCUGAGCCGCGCGCGCUGUCUGGGCACCGAGACCCGCCUGACUCAGUGCAACGUGUCCGCGACCCUGCAGGAGCCCGCGGGAACCUCGCGGGACGCCGGCGUGGUGUGCUCUGGGAGCCUCGGGGUGCGGCUGGCCGCGGGGCCGGGGCGCUGUGCGGGGCGCGUGGAGGUGCUGCACGGGGGCGCGUGGGGCACCGUGUGUGACGACGCCUGGGACCUGCAGGACGCGCACGUGGUCUGCAGGCAGCUGGGCUGUGGCCGCGCCCUGAGCGCCCUGGGGGCCGCACACUUCGGAGCCGGGGCAGGGCGCAUCUGGCUGGAUGAGCUGGGCUGCCAGGGCCACGAGUCUGCGCUGUGGCAGUGCCCGUCGGCGGGCUGGGGCCAGCACGACUGCAGCCACAAGGAGGACGCCAGUGUCUUCUGCUCAGAGUUCACGGAUCUGAGGCUUCAGGACCACAGGCAGCCAUGCGCAGGGCGGCUGGAAAUUUUCUACAAUGGGACCUGGGGUGGCGUCUGCCGGACCCUGAGUGCGGCCUCCCUUGAGGUCCUGUGUAGGCAGCUGGGCUGUGGGUCCCACGGGCAGCUGCAGGCCAGGAGAGGAAGCUGGUCUGCUCCUGAGUUUCUCUGGGUGGGUUCCAUCCAGUGCAGGGACAGGCAUGACCGGUCCCUGUGGCAGUGCCCAUCAGCCCCCUGGGACCAGCAUUCAUGCUCCAGUGGAGAGGAAGCGUGGGUCCUGUGCACAGAAAAGGCAGGAGAAGUUCCUGAGGACCCUGGGGAGCCCCUCAACUGCUCCUCCUCGCUCGGCUGCCCAGAGGAGGGAGCGCUGCGCGUGCGCGGGGGCGAGGACCGCUGCUCCGGGCGCGUGGAGCUCUGGCACGCGGACUCCUGGGGCACCGUGUGUGACGACGGCUGGGACCUGGCGGACGCGGAGGUCGUGUGCCGCCAGCUGGGCUGUGGUGGGGCCGUCGCCGCCCUGGGGUCCGCCGCCUUUGGCCCUGGCUCCGGACCCGUGUGGCUGGACGAGGUGGGGUGCCGGGGCAGCGAGGCGUCCCUGCGGGGCUGCCCUGCGGAGCGGUGGGGACGCGGAGACUGCGCGCACAAGGAGGACGCGGGCGUGCGCUGCUUGGAGCCUGGCCCAGGCUCCCCGCUGCCUGCAGCGCCCUUCCGGACACUCUGGGUGGUCAGUGUCAUCCUGGGAGCCCUUCUUGGUCUUCUCCUUCUGGGCCUCAUGGCCUUUCUGAUUCUGCCUCGAGUCACACAAGCCAUGCAGAGGGGUCUGGGAAGAUCUGAGGCAUCUCCUGAAGAAGCGAUCUAUGAUGUCAUUGGGGAAAUGCCGCUAGCAGGACUGUACGAGGAAAUCAUGGAGGCCGAGGCCGUGCCCCAGGAUGAGGAGGACGAAGGUGUGGUGAAGGGGGACACAGAAACAGCAGUUUCAGGGGAGACGUCUAACCUCCUGGAGGGACAGUCUACACGUGUGGAGGGAGGAACCAACAGACCCGUUUCUCAGGGAUAUGACGAGGCUGCAUUUCCGCUGGAGGGGAUGACAUUGUAAAGCACCCUGAGGAGGAGAUCCACCAGCUGGCUGUCGAAAUCACAGCUCUUCAUUCUCUUGUACAGUUGUAGUGGAUUUCGUGAGAACGUCUUGGAUGCCUUUCUCUUGCAAUGUCCUCCACAUCCGUAUAAAAUCCAGUCUUUCCAGGCCCUGCCUGGCUCUAACCCCCAUCCCCUUCGAGGGCCAUCUGCUGUGGACGGUUGUGCUGGGUAACCUUCAGAUUUCUCACACAUUACAGCAAAUGCAAAUAUGUAUAGAAAUCAGUGGUUACGUUUGUGGUUUAGAGACACGUGGUGCCAUCUUCAUCUUCUGCACCCAGCAGUGCGUUGCAGAGCUCCUCACGCCAGAACAUUCCUCUUUUUUUCUUAAAAUCUCUUCUUAAUUGAAUCCAAAGUAUCUUUUAGAUGUCUACUUGUGUAAUCAUGUCAUCCAUGAAUAUUCAGAUUUAUCUUCUCCUUCCAAUCCAUGUACCUUUAAUCUCUUUUUCUGUGCUUUGUUUUGUGGACUGGGACCCUUCAGUCCAGUGUUGAAUAGAGGUGGCCAAUGGGGAUCUUAUCUCAUUCAUGGACUCAGAGCAAACGUGUUCCACAUUUAAUUUCACUAUUAAAUAUAAUAUUUGAUGUUCGGUUUUGUAGAUGCUAUUUAUCAGAUCAAGGGAAGCCCAGUCUAUCCCUAAUUUGUUAAGGGUUUUGCUUUUUAUCAUAAAUAAGUGUUGACUUUUA